AUGUCGUCCAACGAAUUGCUUACAUUAUCCAGAAAAGCUCGUUUCAAUGAUCUACCCAGUUUUUCCGGUCAACCAUCAGAGGACAUCGAACAAUUCUUAAAGAGAAUUAAAAAUUUAACUAAAACUGACACUGACAUAACCGAUGCUCAACGUCUUGAAAUUGUCCGGGGAAAACUGUCACAAUCGGCCGGUACGUGGUUUGACGAUCAAGAAUUUACUACAUGGUCUCAAUUUGAAACGUCCUUUCGCGGUAGAUACUCGUCGACCAUGAAAUCUCAAACAAAAUUUGGUGAAUUGCUUCAACGAAAACAACAACCUGAUGAACCCAUGGCAACGUAUUUUGAUGAUAUGGUUUCCUUGUGUCGAGAAGUCGAUACAGGUAUGACUGAGAGGAUUAUUGUCCAACAUCUUAUGAACGGCGUUCGUUCUGAAUUUCGGAAACAACUUUCUCGCCAUGAACCUCCAAUUGAUCAAAUUGCAACGUUUUUGACCGUGGCAAAAAAGGAACAAGAUAUUCACGAACAAUUUGAAAAAUUUCAAGAAAUGAAAAUUCAACCACAACAACCCUACUUCUUUCUGAAUCCGGAAUCAACAUCAUUAACAGCCGCCGUUCAUCAACGGCCAUAUCGACAUCCAAAUCAUUCCAGUCGGGAUUUACAGCAAUUGGAAAUCAGGAGAUCUGUCGAAAGACAGCCAUCAUUUAUUCCAAGGUCACAUCAUAAAUUAUUGAAAUCGUCAGAAAGUUCACGCAAAUCGACCAUGAAACAACCAGUGGUGGAUCAGGCUCAACACUCUUCGUCAUCGUUUCAAUUUACUCCCUGUAAAAUUUGCGGAAAAACGAACCAUCGCACCAUUGAUUUCCAAGUCAACCGAAAAUCAACAUCUGCGAUCGUCGAUACUGGAUCCGCCAUCACGAUAAUUCACCAAAAUCUUCUAAGCGCUCUUUAUCAUCGAAAAUUCAGCGGUAAGAAAACCGACUGUCAAGCAGCUAAUUCUUCAUCGAUCAACAUCAUCGGUCAAGUUGAAUUGGAAAUUAAACUUGGAAAAAUUAAAACCUACAUAAUAGCAGACGUCGCAACAAAUCUAAUCACAUCUCUUCUCCUCGGAAAUGACUGGAUAAAUCCUAAUCACGUACAUUUACACGGCGAUGAACAACGCCUGACAAUCCCAGCAAAAAACGGACAACUUAUCUCAUUCCCGUAUAUCGCUUCACCUGAUCUUAACUAUCCAGUCUUCCUCGUGAAUCAAGUGACCAUUCCUCCGAAUUCUCAGCAACUCGUGGACAUCAAAGUUCAACUCUCUGGGGCUGAGAACUUGAUUUUUCAGCCUAUUACAAAUUAUCUGUCAAAAUUUUUAUUCAUCCCUAACACUUUGCUAAACGUCACUGAUCAUACGGCAAAAAUUCUCGUCAUAAAUGCUCAGGAUCGUCAACGUACCCUAUCCAAAAAUUCGAAAAUUGGCAUGAUAAAUAGAUAUCCAACGUUUGAAGUAUGUCUUACCAUGCAACAACCACGCCGGAAAUCCCUUACAACUCUAAAACCUGUUGGAUUCUUAGACCAUAACCAAUUGUCAUCGAGAGCAGGAGCGGUCAAGACCACCACGGACUACUCAUUUCCAAAUCGGAACACACAGUGUUAUAAAUGCCAACAAAAUUUUCUCACCGGAAAUGACCUCCAAAAACACCUUCGAGAAUCGUGUUAUUCGGAAGAAGUCCGUAGACACAUUCAAAAUCUCACACAGCACAUCGAACAUCCAAAACAAAAGCAGCAGGUCGAAGAGAUAUUAUGGCAUAAUAAAGAUUUAUUUGAUUCGGGUCCAGCAAUCGUUAAUAUACCUCCUCAAUCAGCAAUCAAAACCGGUGAUCAUCCUCCCAUUUAUUCGAAACAAUAUCCUGCUUCCGAGAGGGAUCAACAAAUAAAAACUGAAGAAACUCAAAAAUUGUUAGAACGUGGCCAGAUAGAAGAAUCAACUUCUCCAUGGUCAUCUCCCGUCGUUCUCGUCAAGAAAAAAGAUAAAACAACUCGUUUCUGUAUUGACUAUCGCCGUCUCAAUGCUAUAACAAUCAAAGAUGCCUUUCCUUUACCUCGAAUAGAUGAAAUAUUUGACCAACUGUCCGAAGCCGUCAUCUUCACAAAAUUUGAUUUCAAAAGCGGAUACUUUCAAAUUCCCCUAGCAAAAGAAGAUCGUCCGAAAACAGCAUUCUCCACAAGGGACAAUCAUUAUCAGUUCACUGUCUUGCCGCAAGGAGUCACUAAUGGACCGGCGACAUUUCAACGUGUUAUCAAUCAUAUUUUGGGUCCAACUCGUUGGCGAUACGCAUUGGCUUAUAUAGACGAUAUCAUCAUUUAUUCUCGAACAUUCGAAGAUCACUUAUCUCAUCUGAAAGAAAUUUGUCAACUCCUAAAAGAAGCAAACUUUCGUCUCAAUUCGGAAAAAUGUGAGGUGGCUCGUACACAGACCGAUUAUCUUGGCCACCAGAUUAAACAAGGUGAUAUUCGACCGAGUCCUGUCAAUAUUCGAGGCCUGUUACAUACACAGCUUCCGAAGACCGCUGAAGAAGCAUCAAGAUUUGUCAAAGCAGCGGAGUAUUAUAGGAAAUUCAUUCCGGGGUUCUCCCUUUUGGCAGAACCAUUAAGAAAAUUUGUCCCAACGUCAAAGACUGGCAAACGAGGUCAAAGAAAGCCAAUCACAUUGACAGACGACGAGAAAAGGUCCUUCGAAGAACUCAAACGUAUUUUGACCAAUGAUCUCGUGCUUCGUCUCCCAAACAAUCGGUUUCCAUUCAAACUCCAAACAGAUGCAUCAGAUGAAGGCAUCGGUGCCGUAUUAUUACAGAACUAUUCCGAUGGUGAUCAUCCCGUGGCAUAUCUAUCGAAAAAAUUCACCGCAACUCAGAGCAGGUGGUCAACUACCGAACAAGAAUGUUAUGCACUC